AUACACACCCAUUCCCCGCCCUCUCCCAGCUCAAUUCAUUCAUCAUGAUUUUCCAGUGGCUCGCCGACCGUCCCAACCGUGUCCUCGAAAAGCAGAGGCAAAUCCAGGCCGUCCACAGGCCCGUCCACAUCAGGACUCCAUACGGCCCUGCCCUCUUCAACUCCUACAGGUUGCUUUUCACCGUCGGUAUGGCGUCGACCGCCUACGGCGCAUUCCUUCUCGUCCAGGGCAAGAAGUAGGAGGGGUAGUGAAAGGGGUGUGUUUGAGCAAUGCAUUAGAUGUCUUUCUAUCGCGAAGUACAGUCGUUGUUAGACCUCGUUCGCAUGUUGGACUUGUAAGAUGCCCACCCAAGACCGCUCAAGCUCUAAGACC